CGGCCGGGAAAUCAUCAUAACACUGGGGGGGGUGGGGGGCAACAAUUAGCAUUUUCGCCGUUUUCCUCAUCUAGAAGAGAUGUUUACACUCAACAUGUCUGCAGAAACAGAAGUGGCUACUGUGACCAGCUCGUGACUGCUUUCUUCAAAACGUCCUAAGACGAGCGACGAGAGGCUGAUCAGCCCCUGAGAAAGUCUCACCUUUACUCUCCGUCAACACUGAGCAGGUUAAAAGGCCACGAUCAUGCCCGUUAACGACCCCGAGAGCAUACUGAGCUACCAGAGGCCAGAUGAGGAGGUGGUGGUAGACCAGGGAGGGACCAGCUCACAUCUAAACAUCCACUAUGAGAAGGAGGAACUAGAAGGCCACAGGACUCUGUUUGUGGGAGUUCGGAUGCCCAGGCAGAGCCAUCGUCACCACAAGCCUCAUGGCUCUCGGCACCGUAAGAGAGACAGACGGGCAGGAAGCCUCGCAACACAACAAAGCGAGGAAACUGAGACGACCACCUCUAGUCAUGACACACCGUCCCAGCGGGUCCAGUUCAUUCUGGGCACAGAGGAGGAUGCUGAACAUGUGGCCCAUGAGCUGUUCACUGAGUUGGAUGAGAUCUGUGUGAAGGAUGGCAAGGAUGCGGAGUGGAAAGAAACAGCCAGGUGGCUGAAGUUUGAGGAAGAUGUGGAGGAUGGCGGGGAGAGGUGGAGCAAGCCCUAUGUCGCUACUCUUUCCCUUCACAGUCUCUUUGAGCUCCGCAGUUGCAUUAUCAAUGGCAGUGUGUUGCUUGACAUGCAUGCUGACUGCAUUGAAGAGAUUGCAGACAUGGUGCUGGACCACCAGGAGGCGUCCAAUGAGCUGGACGACAGUGUGAGAGUGAAGGUGCGCGAGGCUCUGCUGAAGAGACACCACCACCAGAAUGAGAAGAAGAAGAACCUGAUGCCAAUCGUACGCUCCAUCACUGAGGGAAACCGCAAACAGUCAGAGCCCCAGCUGACAGCGGGGUCAGCCACAUCUACCCAGCCUCCGCCAGCUACAGAACCAGCCAAGAAUGGUGGCGGACAAGACAGCACCCAAGUGGACCUCAGCAAGGUGGAUCUGCAUUUCAUGAAGAAAAUCCCAGAGGGUGCAGAGGCCUCCAAUGUACUGGUGGGAGAACUGGACUUCCUGGAGAGGCCCAUUGUGGCCUUUGUCCGUCUCUCCCCUGCUGUGCUGCUCACCGGACUCACUGAGGUCCCCAUACCUACCAGGUUCCUGUUCAUCCUCCUGGGCCCAGAUGGAAAGGCUCAGCAAUACCACGAAAUUGGACGCUCCAUGGCAACCAUCAUGACGGAUGAAAUCUUCCAUGAUGUAGCCUACAAGGCAAAAGACAGAAGUGACCUGCUGGCGGGGAUAGAUGAAUUCCUGGACCAGGUGACGGUCCUACCACCAGGAGAGUGGGACCCCUCCAUCCGCAUCGAGCCCCCAAAGAGUGUCCCCUCUCAGGAGAAGAGGAAGAUGCCUGGAGUCCCUAAUGGCACAGCCUGCCAGGUAGAGGAAGAGCUACAUGCUGAGUACCAUGGGCCAGAGCUUCAGAGAACUGGAAGGUUGUUCGGUGGUCUGAUACUGGACAUUAAGAGGAAAGCUCCGUUCUAUCUGAGCGACUUUAAGGACGGCAUGAGCCUCCAGUGUGUGGCCUCCUUCCUCUUCCUCUACUGUGCCUGCAUGUCUCCUGUAAUCACCUUUGGAGGACUGCUGGGGGAGGCGACAGAGGGACGCAUUAGUGCUAUUGAGUCCUUACUUGGUGCAUCAAUGACGGGAGUAGCAUACUCUCUGUUUGCUGGCCAGCCUCUCACCAUUCUGGGCAGCACAGGCCCUGUGCUGGUUUUUGAGAAAAUUCUCUUCAAGUUUUGCAAGGACUACAAGCUGUCCUAUCUGUCGCUGAGGACUUGCAUCGGCCUGUGGACGGCCCUGUUGUGUUUCGUGUUGGUUGCCACAGAUGCUAGCUCCCUGGUGUGCUACAUCACUCGCUUCACAGAGGAGGCGUUUGCCGCCCUCAUCUGCCUUAUCUUCAUCUACGAGGCCCUGGAGAAGCUCAUCCACCUGGGAGAAGUCUACCCCUUCAAUGCACACAGUGAUCUGGACAAACUCACGCUGGCCUACUGUAGGUGUGCAGAGCCUGAUAAUCCCAGUAAUAAAACCUUAGAGCUGUGGAGUGAGAGAAACGUCACAGCUUCUGCUGUAUCCUGGACCAACCUUACCGUCAAGGAGUGUAUCAGUCUGCAGGGCCAGUUUGUUGGGACGGCAUGUGGCCACCAUGGCCCAUACACCCCAGACGUUCUCUUUUGGUCUACCAUCUUGUUCUUCUCAACCUUCUUCAUGUCUGCCUUCCUCAAACAAUUCAAGACUAGUCGUUAUUUCCCAACCAAGGUGCGCUCCAUGAUCAGUGACUUUGCAGUGUUCCUCACCAUUGCCUUCAUGGUUCUGCUUGACUAUGCCAUUGGAGUGCCAUCCCAGAAGUUGAAGGUUCCCAGCAAAUUCCAGCCUACCAGAGACGACCGAGGUUGGUUGAUCGAUCCAAUAGGGCGCAACCCAUGGUGGACAGUCCUGGCUGCAUCGAUUCCUGCUCUUCUCUGCACCAUUCUCAUCUUCAUGGACCAACAGAUAACUGCUGUCAUCAUUAACCGCAAAGAGCACAAACUGCUGAAGGGCUGUGGGUACCACCUGGACCUGCUGAUGGUCGGGGUGAUGCUGGCGGUAUGCUCCAUCAUGGGCUUGCCCUGGUUCGUAGCGGCCACGGUGCUGUCCAUCUCUCACGUCAACAGCUUGAAGCUGGAGUCAGAAAGCUCAGCUCCAGGAGAGCAGCCUCGCUUUCUGGGCAUCAGAGAGCAGAGGUUCACUGGCCUGGUCAUCUUCCUGCUCAUGGGCUGCUCUGUAUUCAUGACCGGAGCCCUGCAGUUCAUUCCUAUGCCAGUGUUGUAUGGUGUUUUCCUUUACAUGGGAGUAUCUUCAUUAAAAGGAAUCCAGUUAUUUGACCGUCUGAAGUUGUUCGGCAUGCCUGCGAAGCACCAGCCAGACUUCAUCUACCUGCGCCACGUCCCCUUGAGGAAGGUGCACCUGUUCACUGUCACUCAGCUCACCUGUCUGGCGCUGCUCUGGGUCGUCAAGACAACACCUGCUGCUAUAAUAUUCCCCAUGAUGGUGCUGGCGCUGGUUUUCGUCCGCAAGCUGCUGGACUUGUGCUUCUCCAAACGAGAGCUAAGUUACUUGGAUGAUUUAAUGCCUGAAUGGAAGAAAAAAAAUCUUGAUGAUGCCUCCAAAACGAUAGAAGAGGAAUCACAGGGUAUGCUCAGUGACAAAAAGGAAGAUACUGUUCAGAUUCCAAUGGAGAGCAGCAAGCCUGUUCAGACCCCAAAAGCACAUGAUCCCAGGUGUGACCCCUCUGAUAUUAAUAUAUCUGAUGAAAUGUCUAAAACCACCGUGUGGAAAUCCCUCAACUCCAAUCAAAAGGACACUCGUCCUGUGGCUGCUAAGAAGGAUUGAAGGGAUAGCGUUCAUAGACGAGUAAAGGAUGUCUUCAGUCCUGGCAAACUCAGCUGUCCCACUUGACUGUAGUUUUGGACCACAGGACACUGCGAUUUGACUGCUUUGACCGUCAGCCUCUUCAGCGCUUAGAGAAACCACCCCUCGAUGAUUUCUACCAGCUACAUGCAAACACACAGAUAAAGACAGACAAACACAUGCACUUCUAUCUUUGUGAGGACUGGAAAUAUAUUUAAAAUCGUAUUUCCCUGAACCAAGGCUCUAAAAUUAAAGCCUAAUCCUCACUCUGACCCCUUGAACUAGAAGCUAGCACCAACCUCAGCAAUCUUAACUAUCUUAACCAGUUAGCCAACCAUCAACAUAAUUUACUUUUAGCUUUCUAUUAAACCAGACAAGGAAGAGUAAUACGUUCUGGCCAGUACACUGCCUUUGGCUUUCCAUCUUGGUUGUGAGGUUGAAGGAGAAUAUAAAGGAUUUAAAGCAAUCUCUCCUGUAGCAGCAUUUACCUUUGAAAAUUCAAUAGUAUCAAACAGCUCUUUUAAUUAAUUUGUAUAGAGCAAUGAGACAGGCUCUGAUAAUGUCAUGUAGAGACAAUUCCUGGAGCUGCUCCAUCCACAGUGACAGUAAAUAAUGGAACAACUGCGAGGACACUGUGACAGCUGUUGGCAGCCAUGGUGAUUUCACUGAGAUAUGGGUGCAUUUGCUGAUACACAGCUGAAAGCCAUGCAUUUAUUUAAAAGUUAUUUGGAUGUAACAUCUGAAGCAGUCGUACAAGACGCCAGUUAGUCAAUUAGUUCAGUGCCACUGGUCUGUCUCCAGAAAUGUCAACCAAAAAGUCAGGGGGAUUUGUUUUCAGCUCACAGGGACACAGCUGUUGUUGGUCUAUUAAUAUCGGCUUUACUGCCCAACAUCAGUGAAAUAGCCUAUUGUAAAUUCUCUUGUUUAAUACUAGAACGAGCCGUAGCCAUAACCGUAAACUGAACCAUAGCGCAGAUUUAAACCAGAAAUAUGCCAGUUGCUGGUUUAUUAGGAACAACCUGAUGAAUGUAAAAUGACAGUCCUGCAAUAAGUUGAAUCAUGAAAGUUACAAUGUUCCGUUUUUGUUUAAACUGUUUCAGAAAAGUGUUGAUUCAAUUGUAUGAUCAUUUUUAGAAGACAUAGUUUGUGGCGCUGUUAAGUUUUUUUACACUGACAGGUGUUUCUGUUAUUUUUACUAUCCCAUUAAUUAAUGAUGAGAGUCUAACAACUGCAUUAGUUUAGGUGUAGCUAAUAAACACCUUAUAUUCCUGCUGUUUUAAAUCUGCAGUAAUUACGUUAGGGCACAAGCUGUAACAUGGACAUAUUUUCAGCUUUGAAUUUGAUAUAUUUUUUAUUACACAACAGCUGUUGGGAAGCCACAUUAGCAUUCAUUUUGUGAUUCUGGCCUCCUGUUGAAUGUAAGUCAAAUAGUCUCUCUUCUUUUAGCUCUGAUUUUGGUCUCCACUAAGAUCUUGGAGGAAAUAUCUGGCUCUUUUGGCACUAAAUGCUCCAACUAUAUUCACUGGCUAGUCACUUACUUUGUCAGCUGUACAGCAAGUUUUUAGAGCUGUUUCGCUGAAAACAGAGUGGUGAGUUGUGGACUGGAAAAUCCGAACAUGAGCUGAAAUAUGCUAUAGCCUAAAGCUUUGUAAAUCUAAGAGUGACUGCAGAACAUCAUCACUCCAAACGACUCCCUUCAAAUACACUUUGCCUACAUUCAUACAUUUAUGUCACUCUAAAUUGACAUUUGUUAGGCAGGUCAUUGAACUGUUCACAAUGGAAUGGGCCACAUUAAAAAAAUAAUGUGAAGAGCCAAACAAAGAUAAUCUAAUCAAAUAAUUAGGAAUUGAGGCUUGCAGUGUGAAUGUAGCCUUAGUCAUGUGAUCCAUUGUUAAUAUGAAAAUAUUGAUUAUAGCUGCUUUAAAUACAUUUCGUCCUCACAAAAGAUAGAAUAGCAUACACACACACACACACACACACACACACACACACACACACACAACAACAACAACCUCUCUACUCCCAUUUUUCACCCUUUCAUCAGAAACAAUACCCAGGUUUCCCACCUCCACUGUACACUCAGCUGGGUUAUGAUAGAGUAUAAAUGCUCCUUUAAAAACAAACCAGGUUCUUUUUAAUAUUCUCAGUAGGUUUAUCAGUCAUUAUUCCUUAAAUCUACUAGAGUCUCUUUUUUUAAUGUGCCAUUGCUGUGUUCUUUUAUAGUGAUGAUAGUCAAAUAUUUAGUAGAUUUUAGAAAUACAUUGCAGGUUCAGUAAUACAUAGACAAAUCCUCUUUUGGCGCAUAAAACGUUGUGUCAGUUUUGUGUAAUGAUGUAAACUGAAAACUGUAAAUGUCAGAAGACCCACUUCAGUUCUUCAGUUGAAGCAGUGGCAUCAAUAACGUGUUUUUUGAGGCGUGAUCUUUUUCCCUUUAUGGACGUUUGUCUUUGAACUACUGAUUGUGUAGGAAGGAGGUUGUUCUUACAGAAUCUCUGUCGUGUUAGUACAGUGUCUUAUUUCUUUACCUCAGACAAGUUCAAGAAUGCUCCUGUAAGGCACUUUGGGUGAUGUCAGGUCAGGUGGAACCAGAGCGGAAAAAAUGGUGUGUGUGUGUGUGUGUGUGUGUGUGUGUGUGUGUGUGUGUGUGUGUGUGUGUGUGUGUGUGUGACACAGAGAGAAAGACUGUGUCUCUUUGAGUAUCAGGAAAAAAUAACAAUUUUGCUUUUUGUCUUUUUUAGGGGGGUUAACAGAAUUUUCUUUCAAGCAAUAAUUCACCCAAAAUCCAACCCAAAUUGAGCUUACUGCAAACUUUUUAUUUAUCAGGGUUGUUUUAUGUAAGUGCAACUUCUUUUUAUCAACCUGGAGUUGAAUAAAGGCAGUUGAGGAAAAAUAAUAAUAUUUGAAGCCUGAAAAACACUUUUAAUACACGUGCCAAAAAGAAAAUUUCAACUAUUACACACAAUUAAAGGAAGAUAUUCUGACAUUGUCACAAUUUUCAUUCAUUAUGUGGCUUGACAAGAAACUUCAGUUUGGAUAAAGAAGAUUCUACUGUAAUGUUGCUCAUCCACCUUUUUUAUUAUCAGAAUCACUUCUGGAAGUUGUCUUUAAUUAAUUUAGGAUACCACUCUGCUUUCAGAGCGUAGAAAAGCCAAAGGGAGAUGAUGGUGUGAAAGAAUGACCUUCAAUAACACUUUAUUUGUAGUUGCACUUUCUGUAGAUAAAGAAUUUGUGAUAUAUUUUAUUUUCAAGAGAUCUAUUAAGCAAUUAAAUGAUUUUACAAUCAUUUAUUACUUAUUUAUUAUUUAUAACAAUAAUAUUUUUAAAUAUACAAUGUCAAUGUGUUCUCUUUGCUUUCUGUAUAUAAUGUAAUAAGCAAGAUGAGCUAAGACAAAGGCUGACGAAUGCAGUACAUGAAUAUUCUACUUCAACCUUCAAAGGUUAUUACACAGAGAGCAAAGAGCUCUGAUGGGAGACAUCACAAGUUCGUCUAAUAAACCAUGAUUGUCACACCCUUUUGCCCUCAAAGGAGGACUUAGAGAGCCUUGAAACUGCUCAUAAAUCAAUUAUUGAUUGAUGUUUUAUUGGACAAUAAAAAUAAGGAUGAAUGACAGAUAGACUGUUUGAAAAAUAAUAUUCAGCCAUUCUUGCCUUUAUUUUUAUGACUAUAUAUGUUUUGCUUAACAGCACCCACUGUGGCCACAGGUGAGAAUUACGAUAUAAUAAUAAUAUUAAAAUAUCGUGUAACCAUAGCACAAGUACAAAGGAGUUAUCAAAGCAGGAAACUGACUCAGUAAUCCUUUGUAAGAGGAAGAAUGUGUUUGUUCUUCUUACAGAAAUUACAUAGUUUCACUUUAAAUGGUAAUGAGAUGUCCCAAAGACUCAUUUUAGAAUUGAGUAAUUAUUUCUGGAUGGAUCUGUACUUUCAGGUUAAACAUCAGAGAGUUAUCAAAUUAAUCUAUUACAAAAUGAUCCAUUUAAAAUAUUUGAUCCAUUAACUGAUGGAGUCAUGUUUAAAAUCUAUAAACUCUUUGUUUUACCGUCCAGGUGAAUAUCAGUUCAUUAAUUGUUUUAUAACAAUCUUCAAGGCUACUUCCUUCAUAGUCCCCAUCGUUUCUAUUCAAGUGACUUUAAAGCAAAGUACAAAAGUACAGUAUUCUAUCACUGUAACAUCACAUGCAGUAAUACCUCCUCCAAGACGUGUAUGAAAGUUUUGUGUUUGCUGUCAUGUACUUCUGCUCCGACUCAGUCAGACUUUUGAAUGUGAAUAUUCUUUGUGUGUCUGAGGACCCAUAAUUAAACUAAUGAACGGCAUGACUAUAUAUUAUUGUGUAGAUAUAUAUUCUAAAUUACAUGAGUGAGUUCAAACAAAUGUUGCGUAAAUUGAGAAAAAAUAUGAAGAAAUGCUUCCAUAACGGACUUGGCCAAAUUGCGAAAACACUUUUAAACACCCAGAGUUCAAUGACUGUAUAUGUGCUUUAACAAAAAAAACUUAAUUAUUAAGCAAUUGUUAAUGUAAUUUUAAUGAACAUCAUGUGUCUUAUUUCCACUCAUUAAUGUAUAUGUGAAUGUAUGGUAAACAUGCCUUCAUUAUACUGUAGGUUUACUGCAUAUACAUGUGACUGAGAGAGGUCACAAUUUUCGAUGGAUGUGAGUAUAAAUAUGUGUACUGUAUGUGUGUGCCUAUCAUAGAAUACAUAACCACUUCCUAUUGUGCUUUUAAAAGCCAUUAAUGAGGCACAGGUUGUCAAAAAAAACGUAAUUUCUGUGUCCAAUUUUGUAUAAUUGUACAAUUCCUUCAUCGCAUAAAAAUAACAGACCCUUGUUUCGAAUUCUCUCCUGAAUUCCUACUUCAUUUUUAUGUGUAGAUAAAAGUGAAAACUGUGCACUGUGUAAGGCUAUGUCUUUCUAAUGAAUAUAAGACAAAAUGUGCGUCUGUUUCAAGGACAAGGUCAGUUUGACAGAAGAGGAAAAGGAUGAAAGAUGAAGAUAUGUAUAUAUAUAUAUAUAUAUAUAUAUAUACAGUAUAUCUUAGAAAGUGGGAGAUUUUCAGGGUGAAGAUCACCUGUUCUGCAGUAACCUUAAUCCUAUAGUCUUGGAGCCAUAGAAAGAGUGAUGCCUUGUCUCUUCAACCACUGAAUGAUUAGUCUUGAACAAAGUGGUUCUACAUGUUUUAUAUGUAUAUGUAAUUUAAUUUUUGAUUAUGGAAAAUGAUAAAUAAAUAAUUACAGUUGAAAUGAAA